AUGUUAACGUAUAGCUACAAUCUUUACCCAAACAAUUUUUCAUCUGAUAAUAGAUCUAAUGACAUAACAAAUUUUCGAGGUAUUAAUAAUAGGAACUAUGAAUUGUCCAAUGUAUCUACAACUAAAUUUAAUUUUUUAAACAAUGCCAAAAAUUAUGAGUUAAUUGGUUUCAGAAGAUUGGCCAAAAAUUAUUUAGGAAGAACUUCUAGGCACCUCAGACGUAAGCCAAGUACAAAUUUUCGAAAUAAUUAUCGAAUAGAUCGUGCCAAACAGGAGUCCAACAUUGUACCAAGUAUUGUUUAUUUUGAAUCACGACAAGAUGAAGAAGGGAAUGUAGAAAAUAAGAAUGCAAUUAAUAUCCCAAACCUAUAUAAAUCAAAACCAGUUGACUCGCAGCUGUCCUCUUUAUCUUCGGACUCUCAGAGUCCACUAUCUAGUCCGGUGGGUCAAUAUAAAACUAGUCUGGAUUCAUCCAUAAACCCAACUCGAGUCAUUUAUAUCAGAGAUAUACCAUCAAACGUCAGCAUGAAAAGUAUUAUAUCUCAAAUAUACGGGGGUCCAUUAGAAUCAUUAAAAUUAAUUAAGCAUGAUGAAAGUAGAUCAAGAAAUCAAGAUAUGGAACUUGUUUUUUUGAAAAAAGCUGAUGCUACCAACUUUUUAAGAUACAGUAGAACACAUUUAUUUCAUAUUAAUGGUAAACGACUCUAUUCUGAACCUGGCUCGAAUAAUAACUUAUUGAAUUCCAAUAAGGCAUUCGAUAGCACAAUAAACAAUAAUAUCUCAAGGACUUUGAUUAUGAAACGAUAUAAUAAAACUACAGAAAAGCAAGAGCAGGUCUCAAAAGAAUUUCUGAUAGAUUAUUUUGAUAUCGAAGAAGUACGAAAAGAUUUCUUUCAAUUCGGCAAUAUUGUAGAUAUAACGCCAAUUGUGUCAAGAAAAGUAUGUCUUUCUAUUUCAUAUUAUAACAUCAAAGCAGCUAUGGAUGCCAUGAAAGCAUAUGAUGAUCCAUAUUCCGAAUUCCAUAAAAAGUAUUCUGAAGAAUGGGUUGUCUGGUAUGGGAAAGAUGUUACUGAUAGGUCGUGCGUUGAAAUUUGA